CCAAAGACGAAGACCACAUUUUCACAGCCCUCAGUUUCACAUUGGAUUUGCAGCAGUUUGGUUCUACAGUCGAUGGGUUACGGAAAUCGGCUUUUUAGAUUCCAGUAUUAUUAAGGAAUACAAUUUUAUCUAGUAAGCCAAACGAAAAACCGCAAAAAUGUCAACAACCAUCUACAUCUAUGCCGUGUGCCUUGCAUUGGCUGCCAAUUUCAUAUCAGUGAGUGCCAUUCGGUGCCAUCAGUGCAAAUCGCACGAAAACAACGACUGCUUCGGUCUGGUGGUGAACACUCCUCAGGCGCAGGUGGAUAACCAGUACCUGAGGGACUGCACUCCGCCCAGCGGAGAGGAGGCCUUCUGCCGGAAGACGGUGAUCAAGUUCGAACUGCACGACGAGCACAGGAUCGAAAGGAGCUGCGGGUACCUCAAGGAGAAGAUUGAGAAUGGCUGCUACUCCGCCGACAACGAGGGCUACAAGCAGAUAGUCUGCACCUGCAACGGCGACGGAUGCAAUGGAGCCAAGUCCUUGAUGGGAGUCCGCCAAGUGGGCUACAGUCUGGUUGGCUCUGUGGUCAGUCUGGUACUGGCCAGCAUCAUCAGGCAUUAACUUAACUCGUAAAUUGCGUAAAAAACUAACUUUAAAACCAAAAACAUUAUCUAUUAGUUAAAACCCAAAACAAUAAAAAUACGUGUUGCAGUAUUGCA